AUGACAACAGCCGACGGAUAUGCUACCCCACGGGUAAGCCGGUUGUCGAGCCUGGACGCAUCCCAGGCCGACCUCUACGGCGGUCCCAGUGUGGUCGUCCCUCCUAAACACUUGAUGGCUUCGACCAUGUCUCAUGAAACAGCCAUGGAAUUGGAAGCCGCCAAACAACAUUUCGACGAAGAGGUUUCCUCCGAAGAAGGUUCCCCUCGAGUUGCUCCCCCUGUGACUAAGAAGGCCCUCACCACUGCCGACGACUUUGCUCUGGCCUUUGAUAUUGACGGAGUCCUUAUCAGAGGUGGGAAGGCUAUCCCUGAAGCUGCCAGUGCACUCAGGUACAUCAAUGGAGAGAAUCCUUAUGGUAUUAAAGUACCUUACAUUUUUGUUACAAACGGUGGAGGCAAGACGGAGGAAGAACGAUGCCUUGAUCUCAGUCGACAGCUCGAGCUCGAAGUCUCCCCCGGCCAAUUUAUCUGUGGCCAUACCCCGAUGCGCGAAAUGGCCGAGCGGUACCACACGGUUCUUGUUGUCGGCGGUGAGGGUGAGAAAUGCCGUAUUGUAGCUGAAGGCUACGGCUUCAAGAAUGUCAUCACCCCCGGAGACAUCAUCAAGACUAGACAAGACACUACACCGUUCCGGAAAUUGACCGACGAGGAAUACAAGAACUCCCGAGUCCGGGACUUUUCGCAAACGAAGAUCGAGGCGAUCUUUGUCUUUGCGGAUAGUCGGGACUGGGCCGGUGACCAACAGAUUAUCCUCGAUGUCCUGAUGUCCAAGAAUGGACACCUAGACACCCGAUCCGACUCCUUUGACGAGGGCCCGCCUGUGUUCUUCUCCCACAACGACGUGGUUUGGUCCACCUCCCACGAACAUUCCCGAAUCGGCAUGGGUGCACUCAGAGCGUCGCUAGAGGCGUUGUACAAAGCCGUCACUGGCAAAGAGCUCAACACGAUCGCCUUUGGCAAGCCCCAACUCGGCACAUACCAGUUCGCUACGCGGUUGUUGCGACAAUGGCGCAAGAACACUCAUGCCAUCAACAAACCUCCCAGCACUGUGUACUUUGUGGGCGAUACCCCCGAGUCAGACAUCAGGGGCACGAACGAGUUCAACAAGACCAGUGACGCUGACUGGUUCUCCAUCCUGGUCAAGACCGGUGUGUACCAAGAGGGCACUAUCCCCCGUUAUCCACCCAAAAAGACCUGCAAUCAUAUCCUGGACGCGGUCAAAUUCGCCAUUGACCGCGAAAUGGCCAAAGAGAAGAAAGAGGGGUCGACUGUCGUUGACGACGUUGACUCGGAACUUGAGCUAGAAGCGGGCCUUCUGCCCAACUGA